UGCUAUUUACCAGCUUGGACCUCAAUUUCUGAAUGGACCUUAUAGGAUCUUUGUGAAAAUCAAUCUCAUAAACGAAUGCAUGUAAAACACCAGCACAGUUCUUGACAAAUGCUUAAUAAGUCUUUGUUACAGUUGUUAUAUUACCUUAGAAAAGGAAAGACCCCUGGCUGCAUGGGUUGGGGUUUGGCCAAGAUGACUCUGCGGGGACACAGGGCAGAGGUCCAGUGUCUCCAGAGACUAUUCCUCCUCUGCUGCCUGCAGCUGAUAAACCUCUUAUCUGGGCCUGGCAGGGGAGCCCAGGGCCAGGAUAGGAGGAGAGGGCAGGGCUGCUAUCAGCCACCAGGCCUGGUCCAUAUCUCAGAGAAGGGGCGGGGAUGUCUGCGUGGCUCUUCCCACAACACACUCCUUGGAGAUGCCCAAGUACUCACUCUCAUCUUGAGAAGAAAAGACUGAAAUCCUAAAACUGAGCAAAGAGGAGGAAAGCAGAGUGAUCCCUGAUGUUGCCCCGAGAAAAUGGGGGGUGGAAAUCCUAGGUGACGUGACUUCUGCCCCAGCCAGUGAUACAGUUCUGGGGAGAAAGAAGUAGGUGAAAGAGAAGGCAUCUUGUCUGAAAAAAAGGCAAAGACCUACUGUGCUCCCAAAGGAACUGACUACAACCAUAGCAGGUUGCUGAGGCCCUUUGGGUUCUGGGGGACCCUGGACCAGGUCCUGGCCCAGUAGGAUGCCCCCGUGUCCUCCCCAGCAGAGCAGAAACAGGGUGACACAGCUGCCCACUCCAGAGCUGGGCGAGAUGGAACUGACUUGGCAAGAGAUCAUGUCCAUCACUGAGUUGCAGGGCCUAAAUGCUCCAAGCGAGCCAUCAUUUGAGUCCCCAACCCCAGGCCCAGCCUCUUUUCCUGGGCCCCCACCGCCUCCAACUUAUUGUCCCUGCUCAAUCCACCCGGAUGCUGGCUUCCCUCUUCCUCCACCACCUUAUGAGCUCCCAGUACCCUCAUCUCAUAUCCCAGACCCUCCAUACUCCUAUGGCAACAUGGCCAUACCUGUCUCCAAGCCACUGACCCUCUCAGGCCUGCUCAGUGAGCCCCUCGCAGACCCUUUAGCCCUCCUGGACAUUGGGCUGCCAGCAGGGCCUCCCAAGCCCCAAGAAGACCCAGAAUCCGACUCAGGAUUAUCCCUUAACUAUAGUGACGCUGAAUCUCUUGAGCUGGAGGGGACAGAAGCUGGUCGGCGGCACAGCGAGUAUGUAGAGAUGUACCCAGUGGAGUAUCCCUACUCACUCAUGUCCAACUCCUUGGCCCACCCCAACUACGCCUUGCCACCUGCUGAGACCCCCUUAGCCUUAGAGUCCUCCUCAGGCCCUGUGCGGGCCAAGCCCGCUGCACGGGGGGAGGCGGGGAGUCGGGAUGAGCGACGGGCCCUGGCCAUGAAGAUCCCCUUUCCUACGGACAAGAUUGUCAACUUGCCAGUAGAUGACUUUAAUGAGCUGUUGGCACGGUACCCACUGACGGAGAGCCAGCUGGCACUAGUCCGGGACAUUCGACGACGGGGCAAGAACAAGGUCGCCGCCCAGAACUGUCGCAAGAGAAAGCUGGAGACCAUUGUGCAGCUGGAGCGGGAACUGGAGCGGCUGGGCAGUGAGCGGGAGCGGCUUCUCCGGGCCCGAGGGGAGGCAGAUCGAACCCUGGAGGUCAUGCGCCAACAGCUGACCGAGCUGUACCGUGACAUUUUCCAGCACCUGCGGGAUGAAGCCGGGAACAACUACUCUCCUGAAGAGUAUGCAUUGCAACAGGCUGCUGAUGGGGCCAUCUUCCUGGUGCCUCGGGGGACCAAGAUGGAGGCCACAGACUGAGCUGGCCAAGAAGGAUGGGACUGGUGAUGGAGAUUGCCUUCAUUCCCUUCUCAUAAAGGUACUCCCAAACCCUGAGGCCCAGAAGGGACAACAGUGGAAACUUCGCAUUUGGAAGGGCCAAGGUGUGUUCAGUGAGGCUUGCCAUGAGGCAAGUGAGAGGAAGGCUGGAAUCUCUCUUCUGUGAUUCAGCUUUCCAGUUCUCCAAUCUCUAUCUCUUGUUUGAACUUUGGUUUAUAAAGCGCUCUACAGAAAGAA